CAUACAACAUGAUCGCAUCCCUACACGACGAUUCAAUUAAAGGACUGUCAAGCCUUAAGGAACUUCAUCUCAAAAACAAUCCGCUCUACUGUGACUGCCAGCUGCGCCGGCUCGUUGAGACAUCACAGGACCGGCAGUCCCAGCUCAAAGUAAUCGACGCCGUGUGUAGUGAGCCCGAAAAUCUGAAGGGGAGUGACAUAAGGAACGUCACCCUAGGGAAUCUCAGCUGCAGAAAUGGCGGCGUUUGUGUGGAAAACGGAACGGACUACACGUGUUCAUGCAAGAAUGGGUGGACAGGAAAGAACUGUGAACUCGUCGUCUGUACCUGGUCUGGACAUUGUAACGACCGUGGAACGUGUGUCCCAACAUCAACCAAUACAGACUAUACAUGUAACAAUUGCGCUUUAGGGUGGAAAGGAAAAAGUUGCCAUCUCGUUGAUUGCAGCAGUGGAUCGUUUUGCACAAAUGGCGGCGUUUGUGUGGAAAACGGAACGGACUACACGUGUACAUGCAAGAAUGGGUGGACAGGAAAGAACUGUGAACUCGUCGUCUGUACCUGGUCUGGACAUUGUAACGACCGUGGAACGUGUGUCCCUACAUCAACCAAUACAGACUAUACGUGUAACAAUUGCGCUUUAGGGUGGAAAGGAAAAAGUUGCCAUCUCGUUGAGGCGUCAACAUCUCAAGCGCCGAAACCACAAUCAACUGCCUCGUCUACUACGGAAUCGUUGACAUCUGUGUACAUCGGCGUCGGGGUUGGCUCCUUUGUGUUGGUUGUCAUCAAUGUAGCAGUUAUUGUCAUCGUAACAAAGAAGCUCCGAAGAAGAAAUACUCCCAUGCCAAACACCUUUACUCCCCAGAUAAAUGAGGGGAGAGAGUAUCAAACACUGACAGCCCGUGGUCUCAUAGAAAGCGUUUAUGAUCGCAUAGCAGACCGUGAUGUGCAUUUGAGCGAGUAUGAAAACUUAAAGAUUGCCACAGAGACGAGUUUUCAGUCUACCGUCCCCCCAAUACAGGGUGCCACUAGCAGCACGGAUGACGUUACCUAAGACCAAUAACUUCAAAGCUGUCGUAAGACAUAUCAAAACCACUGACAACGAAAUACUAGCCGUUACGUUAAACGAGUGUCAUUUGCAACAUUACACCAGUGCCAACAGAUCUUUCAAUUGGUAUACAUGCCCCGCUUAAAAAAAACAAGCGAUUGUUCCUUCGCACAAAACACGAAGGACAUCAGAUUGUUAUAUACACAUGUAUGCAACCUUGUCAAGUAGGAAGGAAUAAUUUAUAUUGUAAAAGAUAAAUAAAACAAAAGGUUAAUUAUUUGCAUUCGUAUUCAUAAAUUAUAUAUCACAAAAGAAAUACCAAAUACAAAUGUAGACGUGAAAACAUGUUUAGAUAAUAUGUUUUCUCUCAAACCGGUAUAUGUUUAUUGAUGUUUGCGACCAAUUGUUUGUGUGUGAUUUUCCUUAAAGUCCUUACAUGAUAUUCUAACAUUAAACUAUUUCUCUGUCGCUUCAUUUCGUGGUGUGCGUUCGGUUUAUAUUAUGUUUAUUCUUGAUGUACAAUAACGCUGCACAAUGUGAAUGUAUAUUUACAUAUGUUUUACGGUUAUCGCUAUGCCAUGCAGCAAAAUACUCCAAUCUUAAACGACGAGUUCAGAGUAAAGCCGUCACAUUUUGAAUUGCUGAAUCUCUUCUAUUGAAAUAAUGCGAUUUAAGUGCACAAGUUUGCUGAAAAUGCAAAAGAAUAAAUUUUAACAACGUUUCUUUUUAUUUUUAUUAAUGAAAUCUUAAGUUAAUUGACCGUUGGCUUAAUAUUCGUCGUCCGGAAUGCGCUAGAUGUUGGACAAAACAGACAAUAUUAUGGCAGUACAAAUGAAUUUGACCCUUGUUAAUUCAUUUUAAAACCGCAUACCGUAUCAAGUAUACUUAUUUCGAUACAACUAUCAUUGUUCAAUAACAUGGAUUAGUAUUGUUUGUUAUUUCCACUUUUUAGAUUUUUUUAGAAAUAUUGAGUUCCAGAAUUCUCUUACAAUUUUGAGUAAAUUUGUCAAAAACUAUUGUGCUGUUCUCAUACAUUUGAAUUACCUUUUGUUGCCGUUUCUUAAAUUGUUUUAGCCUGCAAGUAUGGUUUUAUUUCAUAAUGAUUGAUGGACGAAAG